AACAUCCUAUGUCCUAAAAGGCCCGUAUUGUUCAGUAGCGGGAAGAACACCAGUCAUGUGGCGUCUCCUCGUUUUGAUUUUCGUAAUUUCUACGAGUAUUUGUGAUGGACAGAAUUACAAAACGGAUUUGCUGGAUCCGGAAUGGCAGGAAGUGGUGUCAGCGGGAGGCAUGCACAUCGGCCACGGGCGUACCAAGAGAUUCGUAGAGCUUAAUGAGAACCAGCCGAAUAUACCUUAUCAGGCCUGUCUUCUUCCCAACGGCGCCAGCGGUCACUGUCGCCAUCUGCAUUACUGCAUUCAGGAUGACUUCAAGAGGGAUUUCAUGAAGUUCAUGGAUUACCUUUGUAUCAUCAACCACUCAGCUAUCGGCGUUUGCUGCCCUGACGGUAGGGGUCAAGGGAGCCCUGAUGCUCUAGCAGGGGACCUACCUGCCACUGCCCCAAAGGAAGAGAAUGAUUUAUCGCUCAAGAUAGACCGCGCUGAAAACAGAGGUUGCGGUUUGAGCACCCGAAGCCAAGGUAGGAUAACUGGCGCCCAGCAGGCAAACCCUCGCGAGUGGCCCUGGAUGGCCUCCAUCACCCCUGACGGUUUCGAGCAGUACUGCGGAGGUGCGCUUAUCACCGACAGACAUAUACUCACUGCCGCUCACUGCGUUAUUAGAUGGACUGCUGAGGAACUGUUCGUACGUCUUGGUGAAUACGACUUCAAACGUAGCAACGAUUCCCGCUCCUACAACUUCAGGGUUAUUGAUAUACGUCGUCAUGAGUUAUUCGAUAAAUCCAAUUACCACCACGAUAUCGCCAUACUGAAACUACAUAGGCCAGCCGUAUUCAAUACUUAUGUCUGGCCUAUUUGCUUACCACCACGCGGUUUGCCGAUGGACGGCGAAGUUGCUACCGUUAUCGGAUGGGGCACGCAAUGGUAUGGUGGUCCACACAGCAACAUAUUAAUGGAGGUAGCCGUACCAAUUUGGAACAAAGAAAGCUGUAUUACCUCCUUUACUGACUCAGUUUUCAAUGAAACCAUUUGUGCUGGAGGCAAGGAAGGAGGGAAGGAUGCUUGUCAGGGUGACAGCGGCGGUCCCCUGAUGUACCAGAUGUCGAGCGGGCGCUGGGCGGCGGUGGGCGUGGUGUCGUGGGGCAUCCGCUGCGGUGAGCCCAACCACCCCGGACUCUACACGCGCGUCGACCAGUACCUCGAGUGGAUCCUGCGGAACUCUAUAUUUUAACCCCCUCAAAAGGGACGUGUGACGUCAUUCGUAAUUUUAACCCUUACAAGAUCCACUACAGUUUACAGAUAUAUUACAGUUCUAAAAGUGUAAUAAUAAAUAAAAAGAUAA